AUGGCGAUAGUAAAUGAAUUAUCAGCUGGGAGUGGCCAUAAUCAGGCCCCGGAUAUGGUUAUUGGGGUGGACUUUGGCAUGACACAGACUGGGGUUUCAUAUUGCUCAGCACCGUGGACAAAUCCAAAGUCAUUCCAACACUGGUCGGGAAAUGUCAAUGAAAUCGCCAACAAGGUUCCAACUCGAGUCGCUUACGACAUCCAUACGGGCAAGUUGAGAUCGUGGGGGUUUGGCUGUGAUCUUCGAGAUCCAAACUUGGAUGUUGUCGAGCAUUUCAAGCUAUACCUCGAUCCAGAUUACAAGGAUGACUAUGCGGAUAUCAGUUGUGCAGAUGCUCAAAAGUUCUUCUACGAUUUUCUAUUUCUCAUCCAUGAACAUGUGGCCCAUCACUUUCGAAUGCGAAUUCCUAACUGGGGUCGGAUGAGAGUUGAAUGGAUCUUCAGUGUACCUACGACUUGGCGCGAUGCUGCAUUCAUUCAUGGACUGGAAACUUUGAUCAGAAGUGCUGGCUUUGGCAAAGAUGGAAAUCUCCACUCGUGUCGAAUUACGCUGACCGAAGCCGAAGCCGCUGGUAUAUCAGUUGCCAACCAGUAUCUUGAUAGAAACGAUGUGAUCUUGGUUUGCGAUGCUGGAGGUGGUACAACUGACGUCAAUAUACUGAAACUAGUCUCUGACAAGGGUCAGCCACUCAGACUAGAUCCAUUGUCAAGAACUGAAGGGAAACCCAUUGGGUCAGCAUUGAUUGACAUUCGCAUACAGCAAUUACUUGAGCGAUACUUGCAGAAUAUUGCACACAUGUUGACAAAACCUCCUUCAGAAGUUGCCGAACAAAUGAUGAUUGGUCGAUUCGAGAGAUUCAAAUGCAAUUUUGGAGCACCUGGCUCAAACAUCCCCUACUUGCUUUUAGAUGUGCCUGAUCUUCCUCCUGGACAAUACAUUCCUCAAGCGAAUGUAGUCAACUCUCAAAUCCGAAUUACUUCCGAGAUUCUAAAAAAUGUGUUCGAUGAGCAGGUCGAUGGACUUGUGUCCUUCGUGCAUGAUCAGGUCAAAGACCUACACUUCCGACGGCCUGGCGAAAAAGUCGACUAUAUCAUCCUUUCUGGGGGAUUAGGGUCUUCACCCUAUGUCCAAGACAGGCUCAAAUGGCAUUUUGACGAGCAAAACACCAUGAACAUACCAGCAGCGAUCGGACUUAGAAUCCUGGCAGCCGAAGAACCCCAGCUUGCUGUCGUACAUGGACUUGUACUCGACAGGGCACAGCAAGUAUCUCAGACUUUGGAUCCAAUAACAUCUCGAUAUGCAAGAGUUAGUUAUGGUAUUGUUGUGAAUCAACGCUAUGAUCCUAAGAUUCAUGAAGGUAUAACCUCUACCAAAGACCCUCGAGAUGGAAAGAAAUGGGUCGUUGAUCAGGUGGAAUGGCUAAUUCGACAGGGCGAGACGAUUCGUCCAGAUGGAUUCAUCAAACGAUUGAGGGCAAAGGUUGACCCGAUGCAAUUGAGACAACCUUGGCACGCUCAUUUUGUGAUGACAACAACGCCUCCUCCACAACUACCAACGGCAUUAUCAGAUCCUCGAGUCCAGACAGUUUGUGUGGUCCAAGCAGAUGUUUCACAAACGAAGCGAAUUGUGAAAAAUGGACACUGGUACAACCUCUCUCAGCGGUAUGAGCUGACACUUCUUGACGUGCGAAUUCUGCCGGGAUCGGCGGAUCUGAAAGUCGAAGUUUGGAACGACGGGAGAAAGUUGAAUGGCGAGAAUGAUCAAGUGGAAUUCAAAUGGGAAGACCGGCUAGGGACUCCUGCCUGGCACUCCUAUACUCCCCCGUUGGACAGGACUUUGAGCCCAUCAGGAAGUCCACCUCAGCUAUCGCCUUCGUCCAAUGGCGACUAUGGCCAUCGACUGAGCAAUGUACCAUCAGCGCGAUUCUCAAGGACAUCAUACGGGCCUGGUUGA